AUAAACCGCGUACUGGACAUCUUUAAUGAGGCCCAAGCAGGGUCUAGCUGCUAAUACCGUGAUUGUAUGAUCGUCCUGCAUUGGCGCCUGUCUAUACUGUAUGCGCUUCGAUUACGUCUUAGAUAAAACCCCUGCACUUCCGGAGGACUUCUUCAACACCUGCAGGAUGCUCUCCUGGACUGUCGUUCAGUUCGGCACCGAUGCCAGUCUCAUCUUGCUGCAGGACGGCACUGGCUCGUCUGUAUCGUUGGCGCAACGGUAUGGUCAGCCCUCCUCUCUUGGCCGCCAGGGAUCCAUGAUCCGAAAUUUCCCGAAGGAGGGCGGCGGUCUCCUCGGGAUGACACAGCGCUAUGUCGGUCUCGUGAAGGGCCACCUGGCUGGUCACUCGGAGUGUCUUGUCGGAGGGUGGUCUGUUGGCAGAGCAACCGCCUUCGAAGUCGCGAGACAGCUGAUCGCGUCUGAUAUCAGUGUCCCUGGUCUAGUUAUCGGCGACUCACUUGAUCCAGAGACGUCCACUGCGCCCUCUAAAAAAGUCCUCAAUGGCGCGUUCCCGACGAAGAGUUUGCCUGGCCGUGCUAUGGAGCUUGCUCGCUUGUCUAUCCGGCACGCAACAGUAGCACUGGUCGACUACGACCCCAGUCAUUGCCUAUGA